AAACACCCGCGAAAUUAACUAACGGCACGCCGCCUCGUCAUCGCGCGCGGCGCGUGUAGGAUGCCAGGAGCGGCGGCGGCGGCGGCGGCGGCGGGACGGAGGCAGCCGACGGCGUCGGAGCGGCGGCGCAUGUACCGCGACCUGGCGCAGUCGCUGCGGUGCGGCCUCCGCGACGCGGCCGCGGGGUUCUCCUUCCUCCGCCUGCGCGGCCUCCGCGCGCUCCUCCGCGCCCUCCGCUCCGCCGCCGGCUCCGGCCCCGGCCCCGACGCCGACCCCCGCCUCUUCCGCCAGUCCCAGGCCCUCCGCGACCUCCAAGUGGUGCCGGUGCUGUUCGAGCACAGCCUCCGCCGCGUGCAGGACGACGGCGUGGUGACGGUGGGGCAGGUGCUCGGCCUCGCGCCCGCCGUCAAGCUCACGAACCCCGCCACCGACUCCGAGGUCGCGCUCGCGCUCAGGGUGCUCGAGGGAUGCUGCCUCCUCUGCCGGGACUGCGCCGCCGCCGCCCACCGCUACGACGCCGUCAAGGUACUUCUGAACAUACUGUUGACUCGGGGCAUGCUUGAACAAACAGCAUGUCUGGACACUCUUCUGGCAUUGAUGGUGGAUUCAUCAGAAAAUAUGAUGGAUUUCAAGGAACAUGAAGGACUAAAUAAAAUUGUUGAUCUUGUAAAGGACACACAGAGAGAUGACCAUCUAAGGCUAAAAUUUGCAGAAUUUCUGCUUCUUUUCUCUACAUGUGCAAGUGAAAAUGGUGGUGGUACCUUCUUUUUUAGUAUGCAAGAGGAUCUUAAGAAUUUUGUAGGGGGGAAAUGUGCAUCAUAUAUCUGCUCAACGAUUUUUUUCAGCUCAACAUUAGAUUCAGAAGUGACAGAACCUGAACUAAGCUUUCAUGCAAAGCAUGUAUUGGAUCUCCUAGAUGGCUAUGUGUAUGAUACUGUAGCUCAACAGGAUGUGAUCUCACCUUAACUCUGGUGAUUAAUUUGCGACAGAAAUCUAUUGUAUAGAACUAAUUAAUAGAAAAAUGUAUCAAAUUAUUAGCCCUAUACUAAUUUAUACAUCUUAGUUCUUUUCUUGUAUUGUUCUCAGUACUCAUAUCAAAUAAUUUAU